ACGACGAAGUUCGAAGGAGGCUUGCGGGCUUUUAUGGGUCCGUCUUUUUCGAAGCUUUCGAGCCUUUUUUGGUCAUCUAGUGGUGCAAACUUGAUAUCAUCGGAUCCGUGAAGACGAGAAGAGUCAGGGGAUACGUGACCUUGAGACUGACUGGCCGAGUAGAGGAGAGACGGCGCCGCUGCUGCCGCCGGAGUUCCCGUGUUCGGCCGACCGACUCACCACCGUCGUUUCGCCGGGCGUAGGCGCCUGCUUCGCACGCGGACACGGCAGCAGAGCCAACUGAGCGCGCGCCUUCGAACAACGCAGCUCUAACCCGCUGCUGAACAAGUGGUUGUCAACAGUUGGUCGUCGGCGCAUCCCGUGUGCCGGAGGGAAUUUGCGGAUCGGCGACUCCAACGCUGUGUUUUCGUGACCGGCUUCCGCGGCCGGCGACUGUGCGGGGAAAAACAGGUCAUUCCUUCGGCUGUGUACACGAUGGCAGCAGCGCGGCGGUGGACGGUGCUCCUCUUGUGUGCCUGUUUGCGUGCGAUUUCGGCGAGCAAUUUGGAUACGAUGCACCCGAAAGUGUUCAGAGGCGCUGCCGGUUCGCACUUCGGCUACACCGUGGAGCUCAUCAUUAACCGGGACGGAGAGUUAGCUCUGGUGUCAGCCAUCAAGGACAACUCGACCACAUUGGGAAACAAAGUUCACCAGCCUGGCGUCCUGUUCAAGUGCAGGCCCCGUAUAGACGACUCGCCGUGUACCGAAGUGCGUGUUGAUACCUCGGACAAAGGUGAAGUAGAGAAUGAAGAUGGAGAACGCUUCCAUGAUCUGCUUGACAAUAUGCACCUUGGGAUGUCAAUGGUCAUUCAGUCUGGUCCCGACGGAAGGGUUAUUGUAUGUGCCCCAAAGUGGAAAAACCAGCUCUAUAACAAUACAAUGUACAUGCUUAAUGGAAUUUGCUAUGUUCUCAGUCAUGAUUUGGAUCGCAGUGAGCCACUGCGCCCACUUCUCAGAAAACUUCUACAAGUGAGGCCGCCAAACUCUGAGCAGCCAGACAGCUACUACUAUGCCGUAGCAGAGUUUGGUUUCUCAGCAGACAUCUCUGCUAAUAACGAAUUUCUUGCGGGAACUCCAGGAAUUGUUGACUGGACAGGCUCACUGAUUAAAUACACUAUACCUAGCAAUGCAUCUCAGAGCUUGAGUCUCAAACUUCGGGGCAUCUUGGAUGCCAGCAAUAUUCCGAGAAUUCAACAAUAUAUUGGUUAUAGUGUAACAUCUGGCCGCUUCUUUGAAAGCAUGGGUCCUUCAAUGGUUGCCGGAGCUCCAAGAGAAACUGAGGACCGUAAAGGAGCUGUGUAUUUCUUCGCCCAGGAAAACCCAACUUCAGGUAGCCUUAGGGUGCAGAUGAAAAAAGAAGGCGAACAGAUGGGCUCAUACUUUGGUGCUGCGGUGCUGGCGCUUGACUUAAACAAUGACAGCUACUCCGACUUGAUUGUUGGUGCUCCUUUCUACUCUGUUAAAGAAACUACCGGGGAUGAGGGAAAGGCAUACAUCUACAUUAGCAAUGGAGCAAGUCUGUCCCUACAAUCUGGCCACCUCAUGGGCUCAUCUGUGCCUGGAGCUCGAUUUGGUACUACUAUUGUCAACAUUGGUGACCUGAACUUGGAUGGAUACCCAGAUGUAGCUAUCGGUGCUCCUUAUGAAAAUGGCUACGGUGCUGUGUACAUCUACAAUGGCGGGAAACAUGGUCUAAGAACCACUUUUAGCCAGCGCAUUGAAGCCAGAUUGCAGAGAACUCUGCCGCGGGGCUUUGGCAUCAGCAUUUCCAAGGCAUUGGAUAUUGAUAACAAUGAGUACCCAGAUAUCAUGAUAGGAGCUUACGAGUCAGACUCGGCUUACCUCUUUAGGGCUUCUCCUAUUGUACACGCAAAGGCCUGGAUUGAAAUUCCCAUAGAGCGCAUGUCCAGCAAAACCCCAAAAUGCAACAGGAACAAUGUUUACUAUUACUGCCUUGAAGUGUUAGCGUGCAUCACUUUCACUGGAAAAUUCAUCCCUGAGGAACUAGGGUUUUCCUACGAGUUGGAAAUUGACAGCAAGAAGGCGGAGAUGCAGUCACCCAGGGGCGGCUUUGAGCAGCCUAAUGGAAUAAUUGCCACAAGUAUCUCGCUUGAAAAAACUCUUCGAAUGGGUGUCGAGAACUGCUUCUCAGAGACAGCCCUGAUAGACGGAAAUGUCACUGAUUUACUGACUCCAUUUGAGUUUCGCUUGUCAUUCAACUUGACGAAGGAUCUGAAAAGGGACAAGCGUGAAAGCUUUUGCCCUGAUUGUCCCAUCUUGGACCCAAGUACGGUACAAGUGGUCACUAAUAGAACUGCUUUCCAAGUGGCAUGUGGCCCUGACAACGUGUGCAACGCAGACUUGGAAUUGAAGGCUAGCAUCGAAGGCCAUGAGAACAACUCGCCUCUGGUCGUAGGCAGAGACAACUCAGUCACCCUGAACAUCAUCGUGAAAAACCGCGAGGCUGAGCCUGCCUACCUCGCUGAAGUUGAGAUUAACCUACCUGAAAAUGUGGACAUUGUAAACAGCGGCAGUUGUGUGAAAAAGAACAGCUCAACCCUAAUGUGUGACAUCGGAAAUCCUUUGAACAGUAAUGCGGAGACGCAAUUCGCUGUGAAGUUGGGCCUUAUGAAGCUCAAAAAGAAACUUGAAAUCGAAGUCAUUGCAAGAACGCUUAGUUUGGAUGUUGACCAGAGCAACGAUCAUGUUCUUAUUGCCUUGCCACUUAUCCACCGUGGUGACAUUGCACUUCAAGGGUCUGCUUCCGUAAGCCAGCUAAUCUACAACAAGUCUACAGAUAUCGUUCCUGUGGUUCACACCUUUACGAUGGUGAAGUAUUAUGACAGUCCAAUUAACAAAGUUGCUAUUACAAUAUCUGUACCACUCAGGAUUGUGGGGCAGAAGGCCAAUUUUAUGACCCUUCUCAGUGUGACGGCUGAUGAUGGGAGUCGAACUAAAGUUGGCGGCAGCUGCAACAGCUCAGUGGCAAGCCUACGCAAGCGCUCCUCAUCCACCACAGAGCCACCUACCACAAGGCAGCGCAGGGAAGCAAACCCUCUUGCAAUUCUAGAGAGCCACUUUCCAGUGGCUCAAAUCAAGACACUGACGCUGGACUGCUCGGGUGCUGAGUGCAAGAGCUUCACCUGCCAAAUGGGCCCAUUCGCCGAUAAGAACAAAGUGGCUAAAAUUGAACUGAACAUGAUCAUUAAUGUCACCCGAAUUAUGGAGCAAGUGGGAAUUCCAGACACCGUAGACAUUAUCUCAGAUGGUUCCCUAACCAUCUUGGAUGAAACAGAGUUUACACACUAUGUCAAGCAGCAACCCAAGCAAGCAAUGAUUGUCACCUCGCUCGUCAAAGAAGGCCCACCUGCAACGCCCUCCUUGGCUUGGUGGAUCUACCUUCUCAUAGUGCUGGGAGGCUUGCUUCUGCUCUUGGUCAUCAUUUAUGUUCUCUACAGGUGUGGCUUCUUCAGGAGAGAAGCCAAGGAAGAACUGGAACGCUCAAAACGGGAGUCCUUAGCAGCUAGCAGUGCACCGCAUUCACCCACUACAGAGGCUCUGCCCAGCAUUCCUUCAGAUGACCCCGAAGCCCGUACGAGUCUCCUCAGCUCAGAAAACCCCUGAGGCAAGCCCAGCCGGUGGUUUGCCAUUCCUAAGCAUGCUCAAGCAUUGCAUCUGUGCUAGUCACAUUGUCGUCAUGUUGCCUGGCGCACUUCACCUGUGGUAUCUAGCUGUGUUGGCUGCCUCCUAAUGCACUGUUCUGUGCUCUGCAUUGACACAUUGCCCAUAGCACGCAGUGCAGCCUUGUUUUAGGAUCUUGGACAAAGCUGACAAUCUGCAUUAAAUUAGGACCAUUAGAAGUUAGAGCAAUAGGAGAGUUCUUCUGACAUUCCAGUUGGUUGUACAUGGUUAUCUUGGGGAAUAUUUUCUGUGGUUGUGUAAGACAGAUGAUGGUGUAAAAUCGGUAACAGGGAAGUAAGGGUACAACAGUAAAACAGAAAUGGCUACAUUUGGAAAAGAUUCUUGCAUAUUGUGUUGCUGCUGUUUGAUAAUGCAAUUUUGCUUGAAAUAACAGCUUUGGCGUGCUCCAGAGCAUUUGAAACACUGCCAGAUUCUCCUAUUGUCACUUCUUUAUAGCAACAACUGCCUGAAUAUAUAGCAUCUGGAGGCCCUUAGGUAUCGAAUGGUAAAGUAAUUGGAGCAAUCAAAGAGAAAACUUUAUUAUCAUGGCUCAGGGCAUUUCAAUAUCUUAUGGCACAUUUUAUGGAUGCAUCAUGUAAUAUAUGUCAAGGUAUCUAUAUUAUGAGGCCUUUAUGAAGAAGCAGAAAUUCAAACCCAAACGUAUGUGCACCGCUGGUCUGUGCAUACAUUUAACCUUUGCUAUGUAGAAUAGCCGAACAAAUGCUUUUGAGCUGUCUGAUUCUUUAAAAGGGCCCUGAACCACCCCUCGGGCUUGGUAUAAUAACAUAGUUCGCAGGUCGCAUGCACUGCUGUGAACAUCUCAGCUAAGUUUUGCUGUUGUACACGGUGCGUGGAGCUCGCAAGUGGAUCGCGACGUCACUUUCCUCUCAAACGCUCUCGUUUCAACAGAAGGCCCUGUCCUCACUCUCUUCUGGACACUUUAUUUUGUCAUUCCUUUAGACCGCUGUUAUUGGCUGAUAGCUGACAUCAAGCUGAAGUUGACUACAUGGCAUAGAUAUGGCAGCCACUGCAGGGUGCCGACACGAGUUCACUGGCUAAGUGCACUGCGGCUCACUGAGGACAACCGCGUUUGGCUUAUGUUUUGCUCGUCGUAGGCACCAAAGGCGGAGGUCGUGGCGUCUACGUUAACAUCCAAAAUGAAAUUUGAACUGUGCACUCCGGUGACACAUAGAAAGCGGAGCGUGGUGGGCACGCCCAACUGCGCCAUAGCCUUCGCAGAGCAAGGCAUUGAAGAAGGAACAGGAGCACAGUGGAGGCCGUAUUUGAUUGCCAAUAACUCCGCUUCUGCUGAACGCAUUGAAGUACUUUUUGCCUCAAAGUAUUUCUGAAAUAGCCUAUUUUCACUUCAGCUGCCUUUCUCCACUUCAAUAAAAAGUGGUUCAGGGUCCCUUUAAAUCUGCUGCUGUGUAUCUGGCAUCCAUCCAUAGUUGCUACAGUUGCUAAUGAAUCUUGUCUUUCUUAGAUGAACACAGAUGUAACAAAGUACUUUAUGCACAUUGCAACUUGCGGUCACAGAUUAUGCAUACAUCAAGACAUGGUUUACGUAGUACAUUGUAUUGCUUGGUUUCGUGGGGAUCACAUUGUAGUAGUAUUUCUAAAAACGAGGUCAUCCCUAGUUCUGUGGGAAAUAAGGUUAUAUUGUUGUACAGUAUGUAGUUAUUUCCAUUGUUCCAUGGGGACAUCUUUGUUUUGUUUCAUUCAGAAACCUACCCUUGACUAUGUUUAUUUGCAGUGCAUCGUGUACAUAUGGUAUGGAUACAGCAAGUGCCAUGUCUGGUUGUAUUCAGUCUAGCAUGAUUGCAUCUGAGGCCUUUGAUCAGCAUCAUCUUGAAUAGAGGCACACCUGUGUUGCAUGCUCGAUUAGCAUAGUUUUAUGAUGUGGCUACUUCUUCAGUCGUUCCUUGUAGGAUCAAGUCUAUCACUGCCAACAGUGAACUGAAGCCUUUGACACAUACACAACUAUGGCUGAUUGCUAGAACAAGGUUGUGUAUGGUUGUGCUGGUGUUUGUGGUGAUGUGAUGAUAUCCUGUGAUCUCUACUUAAAUAGCUGAUACCACAAUUGUGCCUUAUAGAAAACUUCUUGAUGAGCACAUGUGCUAGAGGUGCUGGCUGUAUUUGGGACUUGGGCUGGAAUGUUUCUUUUUUUUAACACUUCCGUUUCACAAAUUGCAAGUUCGCUUAGUUUGUUUUCUGCUGAGCUGCUGUUCUAUGCAUGCAUGCAGGACUGUAAACAUACCAACCACUUGUUAUGGCAAAUAUAAUGAAAGUUAGUGUUUCCUCAGAAGAAAUGUUAUUCCAGCCCUAGUACUCUCAUUACGCCUUCCUUUAUGUUUUUUUAGUUUGACCUGCAUGGCAUGCAACAACCUAAAUUUUUUGGCUCACAUUGUACAGAAUAUAUUUAUCAUGAAAAUUAUGCUACUGCUGCUUAAAAACACUUUGUUAAUAAAUAGCAGCUGUGUAAAGGGAUCUUUUAUAUUGUCCUAAUGUGGCAGGCAUACUUGGAGCUGUUGUGUUCUUGUGUCCUUCUGUUGUUGCUGCGAGUUAAGUUCCUUGAGAAGGGUGCUAUGUUUUGGCUUUUGAAGAAGCUUUGUGUGAAUGAUAGUAUUAUUCGCUAUUGUGUCCUUCUACACUUAAGCAGAUAAAGAUGUAUAUAGAUCUUGUAGAAGAAACUGGUGUAUAGAUUACAAAAAAGAAAAAAAGAAAAACUGACAGGUGACUAUCAAAACCAUAGCCACAUUGAUACACUCGACAUUUUGAGAGAUAGGCUUGAUACAAAAGAAAACACUUAGUCAAAGCUUUUUUAAACUUCUUAGCAAUUAAGUGUUGGUCAGUGAUAAAGUGCUAAUUUGGCACACGUUGCAACAAAAAACGAUUAACAGUGCAAAAUACAGGACAUAAGAAGGAGGCAGCUCUUUGUCCAUCUUCUUCUUAUGUCCUGUUUCUUGCACAAUUACUCCUUUCUUUUUUUUUAAUCUAAGUCUUAGUUGUUAUUGCUAUAGUAGAAAUAAGGACCAUAUUAAAUGCAAGAAAGGCAGAGACUACAUAAUCAUAGUAUCCAGUCUGAUAAGUUCAACAGUGGCUCCUCUUGCAUUUAGGUUGGUGCAAGUUUUUCUGUUAAUUUCAUUCGACUGUUAUACUCGCUGCAACUUCCUUAUUGCAUGAUGUCUAAUGCUGGCUGCUUUCAUCUUUGGCUUUCCGAAGGCUUUUCAGAGUAUGAGCAUGUUCGGUAAGUUUUAGGAUCACAUAUAUGUCAAAUUUGUGGCCAUAUUCUGGGGUUGUAUUCUUUUGGGGUCAUGGCACUUUCAAUGGUAUUCACAGCGAUAGUAUUGCUUUCAAAGUACUAUUCCCCUAAUUAAACCAAUGGGCAUUCUGCCAUCUGGCAUAACCGAUUAUAAUCAGUUAAUUGUGCCGCAGGGCAGAAUGCCCGUUGCUCUAUUGAAAUUCGAGCCAGGCACUACGCCCCACAAAAGUGAAAGUAUCCCUGAAAGUGAUCACUUGAUAAUGCGGCCUUUCACACAUAGACGUAAUGUUUUACAUGUUCUUCAGGUAUCCUGUAGAUAACUGUCUAUACAAGCACUUCUGUGUGCAUGUAUGCACAGUUCAUUUAAAUGUUUACUUAAUCUUCCACUACCGUGAGAGGCUUAGCAGGGAGAAGGCUGCUUGUGUAAUACAUUUUUUCUUUGUAAGGAUGACAGCAUGUAAUUGGCAAGCAGUUAUGACUACAGUUGGCAUCAGAAGUUUGAGAACCAUGGAAUCUGAGGAAAUGUUUAAUUUCUGAUCAGUUUCUGACCAUAGCCAGUAAAACCAUAGAACUUUGUGUUGUUCAGACAUAUUAUUAUGGCUGGAAGUGUAAUAACAGGUAGUGUGCCAAGGCUGUGGAAGUAGUAAGCUUUUUCUCAGAUCUCGAUAUCCACAAACAUUUGAUACACACUGUACGUCUGAUUGACAAUGUUACUAUGGCAGUGGUAAUCAUGGUCUGUGGUGCUGGACACUAUUGAUUUGCUGCAGCAAAGAGCGGUGGUGUGAGAAAUUGGCUGUAUUAAAGACAUAUUCAGAGAAGGAAACAUGUGUGAAGUUAUAGACUGGAAACUACAGACUGCCUCAAUAAAAAGCAUCUUAAGUGCCCUACAAAACACAUACUCAUUCGUGCCGUAUGAUCAUGUGAGAUUUUACACAAAUGCUUCUAUAUUCUUUCACACGGUCAUAUGGGAUUGUUAGGUGUCUAACCUAUGGGGUGCAUAUGUUUAUUCAGUAAAGUGUCGGGACUGUAUAAGCAAAUCUCAGGCAUAAGUCAAAGCAAUCCAAAGGUUGUAAAAGUUGAGUGAAAGACAGUCAGAAGUAAAGAAAGGUAACUGAAGUCAUUUUGGCAAGGUGCACAAAGUUUCCACAAGCUGUCAGGUAUUCCCUUUCUAUUCUGUCACAUGUAAGUGUGAGGAAUAUAUUUUUUUACAACAAUUGCGAAUAACAAUGUGCACCAAGAAUGGGCUCCAUGUAUGCAGCAAUGGUAAUCAGCAAAGAAUUAGUAAUCAAAUAUUACUUAUGUUAACUUUACCUCACUGUCAUGUGAAUCUGUGUGCUACAUCUGGUAGCAGUAUCAACAUGACUCUGUUAGUGUCAAACUUCACCUCCUGUUUUAUCAUUUUAAGAUGUUGCAAUUCCUCUGAUGCUACACACCUUUUUCUGAUACUUCUGUGUAGUUUGAUCCGUUAUUAACUGUAGUAACAGAGAAUACCUAUGUGGUACAGUUGCUUUUAUAAGAUUUUUAGGUGUUUAGCUAGUUUUUGAGGCAGAUGCCCAAGUCUUAUGUUUCACAUCUUCAGGGAUAAAGUGGCAUAGCUUAGGAUAUUUUCGAGACUAACAUUAUUCCUUUUCCUUGUUCUAAUAGGUCAUGUAGUAGAUUUAUUGCUGUCUGCAUUUUGUGGUUGCUGUUUUUUCUAAUUUUGGACAAGGGUCUAGUAUAUCAGUGAUUAUGUCUAACAUCAUGUAAUCAUGCAUGUACACAAAGCCAUGCAUGCAGCCAUUGUGCUGCUGAGUUAUGACUUAAAAUAUUCAUGGAUCAUAUAUGUGGGGACAAGUGUACAGGGUGAUUGAUCAUCUGUUAUUUAUGACAGUUCAUACGAUUGUCAGUGUGUUUCUUGUGUUCAUUGCUCAUCAUGUAUUGAUUUCAUUCUCAUUGCAGCCAGAAUAUGUUGCCUUGUAGUUGAGCGCUGUAUCAGGCUUCUCAAAUUUGCCAUCAUGCAUAGAUUUCAUGUAGCAAAGUUCAACAUGAAAAUAUUGCAGUUAUGUCUUUCUACAAUGCUGUUAUAUUCACACACCUUUUUGUAAGAGUAUUAGAGAGCCAGAAUAAAGUCUACUGUUUUAUUAAGAAAA